CAACUUGUAACGACGUCGUGUGUGUAUUGUCGUGUUUUACAUUUUACUCUAUUAUUUUUAUUUACUAAAAGCUCUGCAAAGACUGAUCCUAUUAAAUUAAAAGGGAUUUAUUAGUUCAACCAUAAUUUUCCGUACACCCGUAAGAAAUGUCGGACGAUGAAAUCCAAAAAAACAACGGUGCUGCUGAGCCCGAACAAAGAGAAAACGGAGGUGGCGAUGAAGGCGACGCAUGGGGAAGUCAUGGGUCUUCGGACAGGAAUCGCUUCGCGAAGAUGCCCGUCGAUAGGAAUGCUCCUUACUACAACAUGAACCACAAGAAUCGAGGUAUGGCAAUCAUUUUCAACCACGAGCACUUCGACAUCCAUAGCUUGAAGCCUCGCACAGGCACCAACGUAGACAGCGAUAACCUUGCAAAAGUGCUUAAGAGUUUGGGUUUCACUGUAACUGUCUUCCACAAUAAGAAGUCUGAAGAUAUUAACAGUUACAUCAAACAAACAGCUGAGAUGGACCACUCUGAUUCAGAUUGUUUGCUUAUCGCAGUCCUAACUCACGGAGAACUAGGCAUGCUGUAUGCAAAAGAUACUCACUACAAACCAGAUAACUUGUGGUACUAUUUUACUGCUGAUAAAUGUCCUACAUUAGCAGGCAAACCCAAACUGUUUUUCAUUCAAGCUUGCCAGGGUGAUAAAUUGGAUGGAGGAAUAACCUUGGUCAACCGCACUGAGACUGAUGGAUCAUCUAAUACGCAAUACAGAAUUCCUAUACAUGCUGACUUCCUCAUUGUAUACUCUACUGUUCCUGGAUACUAUUCUUGGAGAAACACUACCCGCGGAUCCUGGUUCAUGCAGGCUUUAUGUGAAGAGUUGCGUUAUAAUGGAACCGAACAAAACAUACUGACACUCUUGACAUUUGUUUGUCAAAAAGUUGCUUUGGAUUAUGAAUCUAACACCCCUGAUAUGAUGAUGAUGCACCAGCAAAAACAAGUUCCAUGCAUUACAAGUAUGCUCACCCGUUUACUUGUAUUUGGAAAGAAACAAUAAGUACUUUAGUAUAAUAAUUUUCUUUAUUUUUACCUAUGUUUAGGUAUUUAGUUUGUAUGGUUGUCCUUGAUACGACAGACCAGUAACAUUAGUAAUAGUUUCAAUAAAUACUUUGUUAUUUAUUAUACCAGUACCUUAGACCAGUCCAUUAACUAGGUCACAUUUGCCAUGAGAUUAAUUAGUUUUCUUCUAAAUUAAUAAUAAUUUUGAAGAGCUUUGAUAAAAAACAAGGCCCACCAAGUUACAUGUUACAAAAAAAUAUAGUCUUAUAAGUUCAUGUUCUUUGUCUGGUAUAGAUAGAAAAUUGACAAAUCCUCUGAACGUAGAUUAAAAAACCAUGCACAAUGUAGUUCUCUGCCAUAAUAAGUGAUAUUAUAAGGAUCUUUUGUACUUAUCUAAUACCCAUUAAGAUAAAAAAAAAUGGUGGUUUGUCAAGAUUUAUCUAUAUUUGGCUGUGUAAAACCAUUGAAGUCCUUACCUUAUUGUAUUUUAUCAUCCAUUAUUAAUAAUUAGAAAAAAAAUUAGUAAAACCUUUUAAAUUUUUAGAUGUACUAGUAGUAUGUAGCAUCUUGUUAUAUUUUAAGACAAUGAGCUCAAUUUUAUGUUUGUUAGUCGCUAAAUUUUUACUUUUUCUUAGCUAAUGUAAUUGAUGCAUUUCAUUUUUAGUACUGAUUGUACUUAAAGCAUGAACAAUUUUGUUUAACUAUGGUUGUAGUAGUGAAAUUAAAUAGUACAAUAAGUAAUAAUGCAAUUUUACGGUCUUUUACGUACAUAUCAUUAAUGUACCUACCUAAAAUUAUAAAAAAUGCUCUCAAUAAGUCCAAGUUUUAUCUUGUCUUCUUUUCAGUUUACUUUGCUUUACUGGCAGAACAAAGAUUUUUCUACAUAAUGUCAUUUUGUUAUGUUUUAUAGUCUAAUGAAAUAAAUAAGGUUGUUUAGGAUCAUGUAUCCAACAUGGUAAUUACUGUGUGAUGUUGUUUAAUUUUGUUUUUAGCAUUUUAGAAAGAACAAUAUAACAUAAUUAUGUACCUAUUUCAAAUUUUGUUCAGCCUUUUGCAUUUAUUUUCUAAUUUAAUAUAAAAUAGAUUUUAUUAAACUGCCAGCAUAUUGAUUAAAGUUUCAAUUAUGUAUAAUAUUUGUGACAUCUCAUAAUGCUUAGGAUUAAUAAUGCGUAAAUAUUUUAAAAAUAAUAUAGAUCUGUAAAGACAGUAUCAAAAUUACAUGCCAACGUACGUAAAUUAUAUUUGAUAAAGUGGACUGUGUAUCAUUGAACUAGUUUUCAAUAAGCCCAAUAUGUGUAGAACUGAUUUGCCUCUAUCGCAAUUGGUGCUUUAUGUAUGUCUAUUAAAAAUAAGUCAAUACAAAUUACAUGUUAUGUCCAUUGUCAGUAAAUUUACAUAAAAUAUAAUAAGUUUUGUCUAGAUUGCAAGUGAUAAUAAAACUGACUGAUUUUAUUUAGGGUAGAAUACCAAAUAUCUGUGAGGAAUAAUUACUACACACCCUCAAAU